UGUCACAAAUGAAAAGCACUUUCAUUUUCUCAAACACGUAUGGAAUUUAAGCUAGUUUCCAAUCGCUAGUGAAAAAAACAUUAAUACCGACCAGUCCAGAACGAGGACGUGUAAAGCUAAACACUUAGUUUUCGUUUACAAAGUGUAUUGAGUGGGUUUGUGUGGAGUCACACCCACACACACACACACACACACACACACACACACACACACUCAUACUCACUCGUGUCUCCAUCAGCGCUGCGCCAGAGGCGCGUUCACUGCAGCUCUGUGGAGCGCGCACGCUAGAGAGAGGGACGCGCUGCUGCGGCUCGGAACAUCUUCACCGGCGUGAUUCAUGAUCAAGUGUUCAGGAGGAGCGGCGUUCGUCUCUCACCGUCGUCAUGGCCUCGAUAUCGGAGUGGUACGCAGGGAAGAACGUGCUGAUCACCGGAGCCACGGGCUUCAUGGGGAAGGUGCUGGUGGAGAAGCUGCUGCGCUCCUGUCCCGACGCCAACGUCUACAUCCUCGUCCCGCCCAAAGCCGGUCAGUCCAUGUCCGAGCGCGUGCAGGACAUGAUGAAGUGUAAGCUGUUUGACCGCUGCCGUGAAGAUAAUCCUGACUUUCAUCAGAAGAUCAUCCCCAUCAGCAGCGAGCCCAUGCAGCCCGGCCUGGCCAUCAGUCCAGAGGAUGUACAAACACUCACUUCCUGUAUUAACAUCGCCUUCCACUGCGCCGCCACCAUCCGCCUCGACGAGCCCCUGAAGCAUGCUCUGCAGCUGAACGCCAUCGCCACGCAGCAGCUCCUCUCUCUGGCGCAGCAGAUGCAGCAACUGCAGGCCUUCAUCCACAUCUCCACCGCUUACGCCAACUGCAACUUGAGACACAUCGACGAGGUCAUCUACCCUCCUCCGGUCGAGCCCAAGAAGCUCAUUGACUCUCUGGAGUGGAUGGAUGAGAGUAUUGUCCGUGAUAUCACGCCGCUGGCCUGAUCGUGACCGCCGAACACUUACACCUUGCACCCAAAGCGCCGCGCGAGUGUGUGGCAGCAGGAGAGCGGUAAGCUCAACAUCGGCAUCAUUCGCCGCCCAUCGAGAGGAGCCAGCUGGCAGGAAACCUUCCCGUGAGGUUGAUAGAUAAACUUUAAUGGACUGAGUUUUGUGUGUCCCGGUGCAGGCUGGGGCGUAUCCCGCGCACCAUGAGAGCGGUGUAAUGACGCCGUGGCCGAUCUGAUUCCUCUAGAUGUCGUGAUCAACCUGACGCUGGCUGCCGGCUGGUAUACCCGGUGCAGCACCAAAACUGCGCUCGUGUACAACUGCACAACCGAGGCAUUAAUCCUUCCACUGGGAGAGAUCGUGCAGCAUCACGUGAUGUCAACGCUUAAGAGGAAUCCUGAACAGGCUUUCCGCCGCCCGAACGCCAACAUCACCUCCAAUUACCUGUUGAUCAACUAGUACAUCCUCACAGUCAGCAAGUUCCCUGCGCCAUCUACGACCUGUUCCUCCUCCACUGUCAGACAGAAACUACAAAUGAUGCGUAUUUUCAACCGCCUGCACAAAGCCAUCGGUCUGCUGGAGUACUUCAGCAGUCAGGACUGGGAGUGGAACUCAGACAACAUGAACAUGCUGAUGAGUCAGCUGAGUCCUCGUGAUAUUUCAGACCUUCAACUUGACGUCCGGCAGCUGAACUGGUCUGAGUACAUCGAGAAUUACUGCAUCGGCACCAAGAAGUACGUCGAAUCUAAGACAUGUCCGACAUUCCCGCCAGCCAGACAGCACCUGAGGAAGCUGAGAAACAUCCGAUACACAUUCAACACGGUGCUGCUGGUGUUCAUCUGGCGCUAUCUUUUCAUCGCCGCUCUCAGAUGGCCACGGAACAUCUGGUACUUUGUCGUGAGCUUGUGCUUCAAGUUCUGUCCUACUUCAGGCUUCAGCACUCUGACCCAAUGA